AUGCUGAUCGCCAGUGUAUCCAACAGUCAAACAAUUGCUCCUUCGCCAUCCGUGAAACUACGACGAUCCCGCCGAUUGUCGUCCACCAGAGGAUUAAAGCAACGAACGAUCGCGAGUGUCCCGAAAGACUCCUUUCCUUACCGAGAUCUCGAUCGAAAAAUCGGUAAUCCUCCGCCUAUGGCAGGCAAGAGCAUCGACGAGGAAAACGCCAAAGAAGGACUGUUGAUAAACUGGGAGAUGAACGAGAGAGUCAGUUUAAGCAGCCGUUCUAGCACUGGAUUAGCAAUUCGUCCUGACAGUAGGAAAGGCAUCGAGUUUAGCGAAAAUUGCAAGAGGAACGUUGAAAGUAGAUCGAAAAUCGGCUCGGAAUGUUCGGAACGCGAAGUCAAGUCAUCAUCAUCAGCCGCACCGUUGGAGCUGAUGAACGUGUCCGGUUUCGCCGGGUCGAAUGUCGCCAGGAAACAUCGCGGCGCCUGUUCGAUUGACAUGACGGACGAGAACGUUCUUCGGAGCGAUUCGAAAUACGAGAUCGGUAUUCUCAGUCGUGGCUCCACGACUCUGAGAAAACAAAGGCGGCAGGGCGAUACGCUCGGGAAAGACAACGGCGACGCGACAAAGAGAUGGACCAAGGACUCCAUUUCGAAACGACUAGAACUGAUCCACGAGUUGAAUCAGAAGAUCUUGGCUAACUACGAGAGGUUCCAACAGAAAUCGAAGCGUACCAAGGACGCAAAGGAGCAGACCGUCAAGAGCCGAGUCAAAGAUAAAACUGAUGCCGAAGAACACGUUUAUACGGAGAUCAAGAAGAGACACAAAACAGGCUCUCGAACGAGCGAUCAGAAGGCUCGGGAUAUUCUUAAACACGAUACCUGGCGAAAGAAGUCUUCCGACAAAGACACUUCUAGACGGGCGGAUACCGAUAAAUCAAACUUUUCGAAAGAUUAUCACGAAAGAAUCGAUACCAAAGGUCGAACGGAGAAAAAGGAUAAAUCCGAUCGAAAAAUUGUUCGCGAGAAUGCAAACUUUAGCAUGGCGGCCAAGGAAAAUUUUUCGUACCAAAUAGACGAGAAAACGCAGUUAUCGAAAUAUCCAAAGUUGAAAGAUAAAAAAGGACGAUUGUCGGAGGAAAAUUCGAUUUUUUACACAAACGAGGAUAUACCUUCAAAGGAGAUGGAAUCAGUCGCGACUGGAAAUUGUCUGGAGAACUCCAAAUUAUAUCCCGAGAGCUGGAACCCGCGUAAUAACGAGACGAAAAAUGACAGUUCGAUGGAGAAGACUGAGGAUGGCGUUUCGCGAAAUCGAUUCGAAAUCGAUUCGCAAAAAAAUACCAUCGAAUCGCAAACGGGAAGCGGAGACGCUGCGACGGACGAGAAGAUUCUGGAGUGUAGAAUUCUCGAGAAGCUAGACAAGACGAUCGACCGAUUCGAUAGCGAGAGGACCCGGCUAUCGUCAGGAGACAGCAACGAGGAGGGGAACAGCUUCAGCACGGAUUCUAUACAGAGUCGAAGUCCGAAAUCGGAAGAAAAAUGCACGAAGGAUGUCACCAACCUCCUGCAGGAUACCUUCAAUUCCUCCUGGGAUUCGGGAGUCGGCGUGGCGGACCUCGGCAACGGAAGCGGAUGGGUGAGGAUACACACCGGGAUCGAGAGCAGUCUCGUCUAUCUCACUCUGGACACCACGGCUAGAGACGUCUGCAGGGACAUGCUGCUGGGAGACGACUUGUCUCUGUUUGUCCAGUAUGGCGGCGAGCCAGGCAGGAGGUUGGCGUCUCAGGAGAAGCCACUGGAAAUUCAGGAUCAAUUUCUUCAAAGGCUCGGCUACCAGGAUGUAUCUCGGCGCGCUCGUCUGGGAGUUGAUCUCGAACUCAGACAUCUCAUCGGCUUUCACGUAGGACCAGCAUCGCCAUUGCCAGACCUGGCAGGAUACAGCCGUUGCGGCUAUACCCUGGUGUUAAAGGGGUUGGUUUUUCCCCAGUGGAAACGACGACCUCUGGCCGUCAUCGGUUCCAGACUCUUUCUUUAUCCGGCCUGUCCGGAAUCGCGAGCGGAAUGGAUGGAGCUGGGCGGCGGCGGCGGCGCGGUGUGCUAUGCGCCGUCACGUCUGGGCAAACUCGUUUUGCGUGUCACCGGGUUUCCCAGGGUCACUCAACAGUGCCACGUGAGCCAACACCCUGAAGAGAAUCAUCAUCGCGAGACCAGACACUUGUAUCUGGGCUUCCAUCAUCCCUGGGAUCGGGAUCUCUGGAAGAACUGGAUCAAAGAGGCUACGCAGUUAUCGCCAUGUCCGAAACGAUUAGACUUGAGUAAAGGGGGCCUGUCAAGAGUCCCUGAAAGCGCGAUUGCUUUCCCAGCAAUAGAAGAGCUUGCAUUGGGAUGGAACCAGUUCAGUAAUGUCGAUAAUAAUUUGAAGCUUUUACACAGGUUUCCCAAACUUCGUGCCGUCCAUCUGGAGUGCAACGAUCUCCGUGGAAUCCCGAGGGAGCUUCUAGAGUUGCCAGCGCUGACCUAUCUUAAUCUCUCGGACAACAAGAUCGAGAUAAUUCCGGCUGACAUCUGCCAACUGGUCAAGUACGAAGUUCUGUCAAAGACAGAUCAUGGAAAGCUUUACAAAGAGGAGAAAGCAAUGCAUAACAAUUUACACAAAAUCAAUCUGAGAAACAAUCAACUGAAGGGAAAUAUAAUCUUGGGAAAUUACGGCAAUCUGACGCAUUUGGAUGUGAGCGAAAAUAGCAUUGAAAAAUUGGACAUUAGUGCCCUGCAAGAAUUGAGAAGCGUACGCUGUGCUCGAAAUCAUCUAACAGAAUUGACUCUUUGCGGCCGAAAUCUUAUAUCACUAAUCGCUGGAAAUAAUAAAUUGAAAAAGCUAACUGUCGAACCUGUGCCAACUAAUCUCGAGCAUCUGGAUAUUUCUUACUGCAUAGCAGCGUGGAGCGAUCUAGAAGAAUUGGUGCUGUCCGGAAACAGAUUGCAAUAUCUUCCGGACAACGUGGCUAAUCUACAACACUUGCGUGUGCUGCGCGUGCAUUCUAAUCGGUUGUUAACGUGCCCUACCUUCGGUAAAACGGCGUCCUUGAAGAUACUGGAUCUCGCGCACAAUCAACUGGAUAGGGUAAAUCUUGCCACGCUAGUGCCACCGCAAUUGCAAUUUCUCGAUAUAUCCUGCAACUCCCGACUGCACGUGGAUCCACGACAAUUCCAAGUCUAUAGAUCCCAGAGACCGAUAUCUUUGGUGGACGUAUCUGGACAAAACAGGCCCAGCCUGCCGUCUCAUCCGCAUCAACAGGAAAUUGUCGUGGCUGAAAAGAAUGCNNAGCAACCGUGGCGGUUAGGCUUUUCGGAAACUGCAGGCUCUCGCGAAAAGCUGUACAUUUCUCAAGUACGAAUGCCGUCCUUCUGUAACGUCGAAGGUCUGUUCGGCAUUUUCGAUGGCGGUUCGAAUCAGGAAACGCCCAGUACCCUUCAAGAGAUGAUUCCGCGCCUCUUGCUGGAGGAGCGAACGAUACGGGAGACGUCGAAGGAGUACCUGAAGUACACCUUGUUGUCGGCACACAGAGAGCUCAAAGAGAAGGGUCAGAAGUACGGCGUGGACGCGACUCUCGUCCAUGUAGUGAAACUACCAUCGCAGCAGGGAUACCCAAAAUCCUCGAUCAAGUACUCGCUGAAGGUGGCUUCCUCCGGGGAGGCAAAAGCCGUCCUCUGUCGAGCGGCCGGUCCCUUGACCCUCGCCGCGUCUAAGAAAGCUAGGGAAUCGGUUAAAAAUCAGUUAGGCAACGCUGCCAUGUUCCCGCUAGUCGUGCCCGAUCCGAUGUACGAGGAAGCGACGCUGGAGGACGACGACGAGUUCGUCAUAGUCGCUAAUCGGAGAUUAUGGGAAGUCCUGAGCAUCCAGGAGGCCGUGAGGGAGGCUAGAGCCGAGGCCAGUCCCGUUCUGGCCGCGAAGAGGCUGCAGGAUUUGGCGCAAGCUUACGGUGCCGAGGACAAUCUGAGCGUCAUCGUCGUGAGAUUGGCCGGGCCAAGUCCAGGUGACAUGGAUCAGCUGAUGCGCGAGCUGAGACACGUCGUUGGCAAAAAUAGAGGUCAAACCGGCGACGGCGCAUGUUCCUGCCCUUGUUGCGUGCCGCCAGCGCCUCACAAGCCUCCGGCGGCCUGCUGUUGUCACGCAAGCGAGGGCUAUUAUCUUAAUGGCGUGUUAAAGAAUAUAGUGAGCAGAUCCAACAAGGUUCACGGAGGUUCCGGAAGAUACUUUAAGAAUUCUAGAUCAACACAAGAGAACGAAAGCCCUUCCUACAGAGACGAUCGCAGUUCACCGAGCGGGCAGUCCGAUCAAGCUAGCGACAGUACUUUCAAGUCUCGCCAUCCAUCAGGAAGGAUGUGGACGGGAAGCGCGGCUUCCAGAGCGACAAACAAAGCUCACCAGAGCGUUCUCAUGCAAGAGACGCGAAAGGUAUCAUCGUGCAUGCCUACCCAGGAGGACGCUGUCUCGGAGAGAUCCGGUGUCCUGAGCGAGGAACAGUUUCGUUGCUGGGAAUACAUGCUCGAACAAAACACCCAGCUGUUAUUCGACAAGGAGCUAGACACGCUGACCAAGGCGCCGUUGCGACAGGCGAGGUCGACGCCGCAGCUAAGCGGCGGCAACUUACCCUUCCUGUCAAAGAGAUUCGGCAGCGCGAGAUCUUUCAACCCUACGCUACCGCGACCACCGGUUGUCCGUUUCGGCAGCGGACGGAGAUUGCUGAACGGUGGACCGAAUGCAGCCUAUUUCGGCAGCCUGCAGAGGCUGAUGCCUUAUAAUCUGGAGUACGACUUCGCCGUCAUCCAAGAGAGAGGCGGCAUGGACUCGCUCGAGCAGGACGCCACGAGGAUGCAGCAAUAUUGGGGAGUGGCCACUACCGAGCUAUAAUGUCGAGGAUCUAAUACUGACGUAACAAGAGAAACACAACGAGAGAAAUAAGAUAGAGAUGCGAACUCGAACGCAAGUCUACGCGAUUUGACGAUGAACGAGGAUUAAAAGGAUGUGCCCUCUUUAUAGAAUUUUGGGAAUCCUACUUCGAAGAGAGAGAAACUUUCGUAUUAUUGUGAUUUCAUUGUAUAUUUAAUUGCUAUCUUACAACACGACGGCGUAAAGCCAUUUGUUUGAAAAUCGAAAGACGACAGAUUAAUUCCGGCGAACAAUCCAAUAACCGGGAGUAAUUUAUCUCGGAUAACUCGCGACGCGACGGCGCGAAGUAAUUGCAGUUCCGUAGUCUAAUUAUCACAUUGGAAAGCGUAAUUAAUAGAAUACAGCGAGACGGAGCGGAACGUCGCGUCGUCAAGCGCAAACGCGCACAAUCGCAUUGAUAUCGAUCGUACUGAUAACAAUGACGCGGUAACAACAAGCCGCAAGAUUCUUCGUGCAACCAACGUGCAACGAGAGACAGCAGGAUUUAUAACGUAACUUUGUAAUCUACCACAACCGAAUCCCGUGUAAAUAAAGAGACCCGCGCGCUCCUCUUUACGUUAUACAAAGCCCGCUUUAUUCCUUUAUAACGGUAGAUACGCGAAAGAUGCUGCGUUAUCGCGGAACAACUUUACGACGCGAAAAGACUCCGCAGAGAAUAGGCCAAGUAAAAGUAAGAGAUUGAAGAAAAUUCGUUCAUAAUCUUUGACUUGACGUUUUCUCUUUCUCUUUUUUUUUGAUAUUGUCAAUUUCUCGCGUGGAUUUCCUUUUACGUCGUUUCGCGUUAUUUCGUAAAUCUCUAUUAUAUCCAAUUCGUUCUUCCAUAUUUUUUUACCACGUGUUUCGUCUCUUUUUUUCAUAAAGUUUUAGAAUUAUAUUUUGUACAUACAGGAGAUUCUCUCUUAUAUUUACGCAUACAAGUAUAAUUUAUGAUAUAUUCGUAUGCUGUGUAACACUUUUUUACGAUAAGUUGUCGAUAAUGCCGAGAAAUACGUGAUACUAAUGGACGCAAUGUGCCGGACGAUCUCGCGCUUUCAACGUUGCAACAAUACGUGCGAUAUCAUGUGUCGAUAUCUUGGCUUACAAUAUACAGGGUUGUUUCUAAUGAAUCGCGUCAUCUCAUUUACGAGAUAAUUCAUUUUGUGUGAAAUGUUAUAUUGAGUUGAUUAAAAUAUUGAUUGAUACUUUUUUUUUAUACGAAAGACCGUUAAAUUGUGAAAAAUUAAACUCUGAUACUUAAGUCAA